AUCUCACUGUCUCUCGGCCGUCUUUCUCUGGUCUUCUUCUUCGCAGUACGAUGGAGCCCUCUGCCUCUGGUGUUUUCUGCAGCCGGGUGCUCAGCAUGGUGAACUCGGAAGAUGUGAACGCCAUCAUCCUGGCUCAGAAGAAUAUGCUUGACCGGUUUGAGAAGACCAAUGAGAUGCUGCUGAACUUCAACAACCUGUCCUGCAUGCGAAUGCAGCAGAUGAACGAGCGCUUCCUCCACCAUACCCGGACGCUGGUGGAGAUGAAGAAAGACCUGGACAGCAUUUUCCGGAGAAUCAGGACACUGAAAGGGAAACUAGCAAAACAGUAUCCAGAGGCCUUUAGCAGUAAGUAUGAGCAUGUUGUAUAUCGGGAGGGGCCGCAGCUCAGUGGAAAAGCCUCUGCACUGCAUGGGUUCGAUCCUCGGCAUCUCUAG